AGUGCCUCCAGCUAGUUCGCUAGCUGCAUUGUGCUCGUCUGACUUAGCGCUAGCUAACUGUAGCUAGCUUACUAGCUAGUUACAGCCCCAGCAAACUUCUGUUGGUCAUUUAUUUAUUUUCUUGCUUCUCCUAAAAGGACAUAUGGGAUUUCAUAACCGCGACAAACGAAUGGAAACCCCACCACUUGGUAACAGCUAUUCUUGAAGGAGAGGUGCUAGCUAGCUACUUUUUACAGGUGGAAACAGAAGAAUCCGACACAAUAAUCUGACAUUGUGGCGAGUUGUCUUGCCGAGCUCGCCGUCACAUCGACGAUUAGUUAGCAACUAUCUAGUUAAGUUCGCGAAAAAGUAAAUGUACUGAGGGAGCUGUAUGGAUUUCACUCUAUCGGGGUAGUGGUGUGCUGGUUAAAGUAGCUUAGCUAAUGUGACUAGCUGCUUGACCUUAGUAGCUAACGUGUGGCUAUAACGUCGGCGGGUUAAGUCAGCGGAACACUUGACUUGUACGUACUAGGAGCUAAUUAGCUGUAGCUAGGGGUCUACUAGCACGCCAGUUGUUGUCGGGAGUAUUUAAAAAGUCAAGAGUGGAGGCUUUCUCUUCGGUGGACUCUCACAAUGUUGUCCAACGCCCAGAACCAGAACCAGCCGGUGUUCCCGACCCAGCAACAGCAAACUCUACAGAACCCGGCACAGUUCAUGCAGUUUCACGUUAAACCCACAUUGCAAAUAAAGAAGAACGCGAUAACGGACGAUUACAAAGUCACAAGCCAGGUCCUUGGUUUGGGCAUAAAUGGCAAGGUUUUGGAAAUCUUUCAAAAGAAAAACGGAGAAAAAUACGCAUUAAAGAUGCUGCAGGACUGUCCAAAAGCCCGGCGGGAGGUGGAGCUACACUGGCGGGCAUCACCCUGCAGCCACAUCGUGCGCAUCGUGGACGUCUACGAGAACCUGUACCAGACCAGGAAGUGCCUGCUCAUCGUCAUGGAGUGCAUGGAUGGGGGAGAACUCUUCAGCCGCAUUCAGGACAGAGGAGACCAAGCCUUCACGGAAAGAGAGGCCUCCGAUAUCAUGAAGAGUAUAGGAGAGGCCAUCCAGUACCUGCACUCCAUCAACAUCGCACACAGAGAUGUCAAGCCGGAGAAUCUGCUGUAUACUUCUAAACGACCCAAUGCCAUCCUCAAACUAACAGACUUCGGCUUCGCAAAGGAAAUGACGACACACAACUCCCUAGCCACACCCUGCUACACGCCCUACUACGUGGCUCCCGAGGUUCUUGGGCCAGAGAAGUACGAUAAGUCCUGUGACAUGUGGUCUUUGGGAGUGAUCAUGUAUAUCUUGCUCUGUGGAUACCCACCUUUCUACUCCAACCACGGCCUGGCCAUUUCUCCGGGCAUGAAGAAGCGCAUCCGGAUGGGACAGUACGAGUUCCCGAACCCCGAGUGGUCCGACGUCUCCGAGGAAGCCAAGCAGCUGAUCCGUCAUCUGCUGAAGACUGAGCCAACACAGAGGAUGACCAUCACGGAGUUCACCAACCACCCCUGGAUCAAUCAGUCAAUGGAGGUGCCCCAGACUCCGCUCCACACCAGCCGUGUGCUGAAGGAGGAGAAGGACGCCUGGGAGGACGUCAAGGAGGAAAUGACGAGUGCGCUGGCCACAAUGAGAGUCGAUUACGAGCAAAUCAAAAUCAAGACCAUUGAAGAUUCCUCCAACCCGCUGCUGCUGAAGAGAAGGAAGAAGGCUAACACUGCUUCAGAAACGCCCGCACUCUAAGGGAAACACGUGCAUGCACGCAUACACACACACACGCACACACACACAUGCACACUCACACACAUACACGCUUACAUACACACAUGCACACAUACACACACACACACACACACACACACACACACACACACAUACAUGUACACAUCCUCAUUCGCACGCAUAAAAAGCAUGUAUACACACAUGCACUCACCCUCUCAUGCACAUGCAAACACGCGCAGAUACACAAGCAUGCACGGACAUGCACACACACACACACGCGCACACACACACACACACACACACAAACGCGAGGCAGCACAAAGGAAGCAAUAUCCAUCAUUGUAACAAAAACUGCAUUUUCCCUGUCCUACAGAGCAUGGAUUUUCAUAAAAUCUAAACAAAAACCAAAAAAAAAAGACAAACAAUUAUACAAUUAUUUUACAUUAUUGAUUUUAUUUUUUAGCAACACUUCUUUUUAUUACUCUGGUCUUUUUAACAAAUGAAGCGCUCCUGAAUGUGAGGUGAGAAUUCUAGCAGUAAAGUUAAAACACACAAGAUCAAGCACUCCUGGGUGAUGUGAGUGCUAUACCAGUAAUGGUGAAACAAAGCAAAUUCAAGAUUAUGUAAGGCUUGAGAGAAAAGAGGGGGAUACGGAAAUGAUAUAGUUUUGAUAAUGGCUGACUUCAUUGAUUGUUUAUACUUCUAUUUUCAUAUUGUGUUUUGUGGUCCCAUCACUGUAAAGAAAGUUCUGAGUCUGUUUUUACCUUUUUAAACCACACUGCUCCUAGCGCUUUAACAAACCUCUCUGUAGAUCUACCAAAGAACCUCUGUAGUCAGCAUCGUGCAGCAUUGAGCUUUUUCUUCCAAAUAUAAACCGUCGUUCUUGUUUGCUUGGUGAAGAGACUAAACCUUCCCAUCCUUGCCUCAUGCCACAAAAAAAGAAAAAUACACUAUCAAUCCACUCUACUGUAAAUUCCUUUUCAUUUAUAUAUUUCAUUUAUUCAUUUAAUUUUCUGAAUGUACGAGACCUCUGGGUUCAGUGCUGUGAAUUGUCUUGCCUUUCUCCCAGACUGUGUUUCUGGGGCCACUAUCCGAGCGUAUGCCCUGUCCAGCCUGGAUGGGUUGAUGCAGUGUACUCUGUGCUUUUGCCAUUUCCUCAGUCAUGCUGUGUACAGUAAACUUUCUGAGGGUAGCCGUCGUCUAGGAGAGAUGUGAAUAUCUCACUUUUUAAUUUUCUUUUUCUUUUCAAGGUUUUAUGUACCAAAUUGUGUAAGCUGUGUCAGUCACUGGGGUAUAGCCAUGCCAUGUUACACCUUGAGUAAUAAGAGGUGUUUGUAAAGUGUUGUUUUUUUUUCUUUUUUUUUCUUCUUUCUUCUUCCUCUUUUACCCGAGUGACUGAUUUUACGCUGAAGCCAUUUGGCCGUGUUACCCCGUGUGCAAAUUGAUGUUGAAAGAUGUGGGAUGAUAUUUCUGUGCAACACGCACUGGGAGAGAAACGACCCUCUUCUUUCUUUCUCUGGUGUUAUUGAAUGAUGAGAUGUUCUGAGUCCUGGCUGUUCGCUUGCUGUGUGCUGUAUUAAAGAAGUCAGAGUCCUUUCUGCAUCAGGAGAGAAGACUCGGUCCAUUUUAAUGAGUUUACCUUUUAAAUUUACAGAAACUAGGCAGUGUUAUUCCUGCCCAUGCGAUCACUUAAGCCAUUUUUGGGUGGGCUUCAGAUGAACUCGUAGGAGGCUGUCCAUGUGUGUCUUUGUGUCUCUCGGCGUGUAGUUGUGUACUGUAAUAAGCAUACAGGCACUGCUGGCCCUCUGUGUUGGAUGUUCCGAUUAAAAAUGUGUCCCAUUUGGCUGUAACGCUGCCCCUGUUGCUCUCUGAUUUGGAUUAACUGCAGUGUGUUUGCUAAUAAGGAGCUCCCGACCGGUUCUCGCAAGUCUUGGUACCUGAACACAAGAGACAGAGAGGUUCAGGAAGACUCCCCUGACUAACCUCAGUCAGGCUUUUGGAUUCACUGGUUCACCUCAAAUAUCUGCCAUCGUGGGAAAUACUGAAGAGAACUGCUCUUUUUUUAUUUUAUUUUUUAUUAUUAAUGUUUUUUUUUGUUGUUUUUUGAGCGUUCGAGUUCACCUCAACCUCCAUUGAAGCACAGAGGUGUGUUACGCGGCAGCCAUUUUGCUCCAGAAGACCUGUCGCACUGCAAGGAGGAGAGGGACUGUCCCCCCCACCUCACACAACGGCUAUCGACUGCUAUAAAUGAGGCCAUGGACACUGGAUUCUUUCCUGCCACCCUUUAUAUUUUGCUGACUCAUUUCCUCCUUUUUGCUGACACGUUUCCUGUGUGCUCGGCCAUUUUGUCACGCUCUGGAUGUCCCUCACAGCACCACUCUUAUGUUUUCUUUUCUCAGUUCCCUCAGUGCCAGGCCUAACCUCUCUGUCCUAUUGUGUUCCACUGCUGUGCAGAUGUGCAGGUCUGUGUCUACUUAUUAAAACACUCUGGGGGAAAACCA